ACUCCCUCCACAGGAGCCUCUGGCAGGGACUGCAGCGGGGGGGGGCCUCCAGGGGGGGCUGCCCCUCCCCGAGCCCUUGUGACAUCAGCGGCCCAGCCAGGCCCCAGGCCCCCAGGCCCUGAGUUCUCUCCUGCUGCCCCCGAGCGAGCGCCAUGAGACCUUGGCUGGCGUCUGCAGGGCAAGGAAUCCGACCCUAGAGCCUGGGCUCCCGGCUGCUGGAAGCAUGGUGGACUCUCCCAGGGAGGGGAAGCUGGCCCGGUCUCCGGACUUCGUCCAGCUGAUCGACAUGGCGUCCGAGUCCGUGGGAGGCAAGAUUUUGUUUGCAACAGAUGACUUUUUUGCUCCUGCAGAAAACCUGAUAAAGAGUGACAGCCCGCGUUUUGAAGAGCAUAAAUACACUGAGUUUGGCAGGUGGAUGGACGGAUGGGAGACCAGACGCAGGAGGACUCCAGGUCACGACUGGUGCAUUGUCAGGCUGGGGGUCCAGGGCCUGAUCCGGGGCCUGGACGUGGACAUUUCCUACUUCACGGGAGGCUACGCCCCUCGGAUUUCAAUCCAAGCAGCAAACCUGGAAGAAGGUAAAGAACCAGCAAUGCCCCCGAGAGGAGUCAGGAUGGGAGUGGCUGCCACCGCCGAGGAGCUGGACGCCGUCGCUAAGCGGCGCCAGAGGGAAGGCGUGGCCGUGGGCUUGAGGGCAGUGCCCCUCACAGAUGGUGGGGUCGCGCGCCUCCGGGUGUACGGCGUCGGACACAAGGACUGGGCGUCCGCCGACCCCAAAGAGCCAGUGGACCUGGCGGCCAUGGCCAGCGGGGGCGCCUGCGUGGGGUUCAGUAACGCCCAUUUUGGGCACCCCAACAAGAUGAUAGUUCCCGCCGGCUUCGGGGCGGGUUCUGUGUGGCACCCGCGGGCUCACGCGUGUCCCCUUGGAUUCCAGAGCGACGAGACCGGCGCCCUCCUCGUCCUCGGGGGCGAGUGGGCUGUUUUCCGCCUCUCACACCCUGGAGUGGUGACCCAAGUGGAAAUCGACACGACGCAUUUUGAAGGCCCCUACGCCCCAGCCAGGGCUGCGCUGGGCCGUCUGCCCCUGGGGUCUCAGGGCCACGCCGUCCCCCAGCUCUCUCCCAACACAGCCCAGGUGUUCGACAGCCUGACCCCGGAGCUGCAGGACGUGGUCCACGCGAGGAGGCUCACCAUCUGCUCCUUCUGCCUCCUGCGGCCGCGGGACAAGCCCAUGAUGAGGUUCUCGGUGAAGGCGGGGUUCCGGUCCAGCCUGUAGCCCCGCAGCUGCCGGCCGCACGCAGUGACCGAGUCGCCGUCUUUGAAGUGUUUUCAGCACCUGCACCUUCAGCAGCUCCGGGCAGUUAAUCUCAGUCGGUAGCGUUC